UUGAAGGUUGUGAACGUGGACCCGCCGGUUUUCUGCAUCGAUAGAUUCUUCGAUGAUUCUUCGUGCGAGACCUACGCAAAUCUGGGGGUCAACGGGGAGAGCACAGGGGACUCUAUCAAGAUCAACUCAGCGACUUUCGGAGGCUCAUUGACAGGGAGUAAUCGGCAGAGCACCACGUGGUUCGUUAAGUACAGCAAGUGUGAAACCCUGAUAAAAAAAGCCCUUGCUCUUCUACCGGAAAUCAGCGUUGAGCAGAUGGAGGAGCCCCAGAUAGUGCGGUAUGAGAUGGGAGAUUUCUUCAAUUGGCACGAGGACGCAGUUCCCAAAGAGGAGGCCGCAAACGGAGGGCAGAGACUAGCCACUCUCCUGGUCUACUUGAACGAUGUCCCAGCUAGUGGAGGGGGCAUGACUACCUUCAAGGAGCUGGAUCUCAAAGUGAGGCCGGAGAAGGGGAAAGCCCUGCUCUUCUUCCCAGCUUUCAAGGACGGGACUCCUGAUCCCCGGACCCUGCACGCCGGAUCUCCUGCGUUCGAUACCAAGUGGAUCGCACAGAUGUGGAUCCACGAGAGGCCCUACAAGCCUGCUGUCCCUCCGGGAACCUCGCAGGAGGAUGUGAAG